AUGGGUGAGAAGAGAGAAAUAAUUGGUGGAGAGUAUGACCUGGAUGCGAAAUGGGAUGCCUCCCUUGAUCUGACCGUCCGCCGCUUCGUCUACUCUUCGUUUGCCGGUGCAUUUGGCGGUCUCCUCUUAUUCAGGAGUCCUCAGACUCGCUGGGCAUCUAUUGCUUUUGGUGCUGGAGUUGGAAUAGGAUCUGCUUACACAGAAUGUUCUCGUCUCUUUGAUGGAUCUCCACCAAAGGGCUCAGAAGCUCCUACUCAGAUUCUCACACAGGAUUCUGAAUAG